AUGGCUGUUGUUAAAUCUUUAGCCAUUAGAGGUAUACGAAGUUUCGGUCCGGAAGAUUCUGAUGAGCAAGCCAUAUCAUUUGAAAGUCCUCUAACCCUAAUUCUGGGACAAAAUGGAUGUGGUAAAACAACAAUUAUAGAAGCCUUGCGCUAUGCUAUCACGUCGCAAAUGCCUCCAGGAAUAGGACACAAUGACUGUUUUGUCCACGAUCCUAAAGUAAACAGAUCUACGGAGGUUCUUGCACAAAUAAAACUUAAGCUUUUAAAUGCUAAAAAUCAAAACAUGGAAGUCUCAAGAUCCAUGAAGGUGAUUGUUCAAAAAAAGAAAACGACGUUUCGGACACUAGAUUCCCUUUUAUCGAUAACUAAUGAACAGGGGCAAACAAAGGACAUUUCUAAACGAUGUGCUGACUUGGACUCAGUUCUACAUGAUGAACUAGGUGUAUCUCGGGCCAUAUUGAACACAGUAAUAUUUUGUCAUCAAGAAGAAUCUAGCUGGCCUUUGGAUGAGGGCAAGAAAGUUAAAGAUCGUUUUGAUGAAAUAUUUGACUCUGACAAAUACAGCAACUGUUUUGAGAAACUAAAAAAGAUAAGGAAGAAUUAUGCAACUGACAUCAAAAUACUUACGGAGCGUGUUGCUAUUUUAGAAGAACAGAAAAAGGAACUUGACUCAAGAAAGAUGGAUGUAAUCAACACUGAAACUACCAUAUCAGAAACUGAAUUAAAAUUAGGGGAACUUGUUAAUAAAAUAGAACCAAUUGAGGGAAAGCUAAAAGAGAUCAAAACAGUUGAAGCCAGCCUUGCUACUUAUGACACUAAGCUUGGGAAACUAAAAGUGAAGUUGGAACAAUGCCGCAAGCAUGAGGAGGAUCUAAAGAAAGACAUAAAGAAUUUAUUUGAAGGAACUCUGCCAGAACUAAAGGAGAAAAUAACAAAUUAUGAUGCUACAGUAAAAGCUAAGCAAAAGGAGCUGAAAGAAUCUUACACCAAGAUAUCUAAAUUUAAUGAUGAAGAAGAAAAAGUUGCAAAUGAAAUACAAUCAAAUAAACUGAAGCUUGAAAAAUUGGAUGUGCUGGAAAGCCUAAAUGAAAAGAAAGUUCUUGAAAGAAAUGAAAUGAUUGGUACUGUGGCCAAAACAGCAGGUCUUGAAGAAAUACCCACAAUCGGGACAAAUGAGGAAGCAGAGAAUGCAAUGACUGCCAUCAGUGAUAAGAUCAAAAAUUUGGAAAAAGAAGAAGCUGCACUUAAGUCUAUUGCUGAUCAGGAAGAGAACGAGAAGCAAGUUCUUCUUAAUGAAAGUCAAGAAGCAAUGUAUCGCCACAAACAACAGAUAUCUACUAAAUCAUCAGAUAUUGCUAAGAAUAAGAGAGAGGUAGUGAAAUUGGAAAGAGAAAUAACUUCUGCAAAUGAGUCUAAAGUACGUUUAGAGGUCGCAGAACAGAAGUUCAAGACUGCUGAAGAAGAGUUUGAACAACUAGAAAAAGAAUUAAAUACUGAAGAAUCUCAACAAAACAUCAAUGAAGGUGAAAAAGAAUUAGAGAAAUAUGAACAGGAGGUUGAGGAAGUCGAUAAAAAGAUAUCAGUUCUGCAAAAGCAAAGUGCUAAGUUGAAAGAGCUACAAGUUAAAGAAGACUUACUUAAACAAAAGGAGAAGCAAUGUUCAACUUUAAAGAACAAACACAGAUCGACUUUGACAGAUCUCUUAGGUAGCAUGCCAGAAAAUAACUUUGUAAUAUCACUAAACAAAAUGGAAGUCACAUUGAAUAGUGAAGUCAGUUCUUUAAAGAAAAGUUUAAGUGACAAAAAAACAGAGAAAACGAAGCUGGAAGAAGAAAGAAAGUAUGUACGCAAGAAUCUUACGGAACGCACAAAUGAACAUGCAAAGGCUGAAGAACAGAUGUACAAAGUGUGUAGUGGCCAAUCUUAUGAAACCACACUGCUAAAAGUUUGUGAGAAAGUAGAAAAUCUACAGGAUGAACAUAAUGAGCUACAAUCAUCAAUGUUUCUUAUAAAAAGUUAUGAAGCUAAAUUAAAAAAGGAAAGCUGUUGCCCUUUGUGUAGUCGUGGAUUCGAUAGUGAGUCUGAGGUUACAGACUUAAUAACGCAACUCAAUACAAAAGUCAUGACAGUUCCCACCCAACUUGAGAGAGUAUCUGCAGAUUUAUCAAAAGAGAAAGAGAAAAAAGACGAGCUGCUUAGUAUGAAGUCAUUAAAUGAAAAGAUGAAUUUGUUCAAAGACAAAGAAAAACCUGAAUUAGAAAAACAACUAGCUAAUGUUGAAACGAAAAUAACGACCUUGACCAAUGCCAUUGAUGAGUUAUCAAAAUCUUUAAUUGAGCCAGAGAAGAAACUGCAAACUGUUAAGCUAAUUCAAGGGGAUAUGCCACUACUUGAUCGUUGCAUCCAAGAAAUCGCAUCAUAUACCAAAGAUUUUGAGGCAAUAAAGGCUCAGUGCGCAGAACUGGAGUCUGAUAUAACACUGGAAGAGGCAACUGCGAAACAGACUGAGCUGAAAAAAAAGAUCAGUGAUCUGAAGGCAAAACUCAAGGAGACUCAAAAGAAACUGAAUUUACAUAACAAAAAAAUUCAAGAGUAUGCAACAAGAAAAAACAAACUUAAGGAGGAAUGUCUUAACUUGCAGAAAAAGGUUCAAGAAAUAUACAAUCUGCAAGAAACCAAAAAGCAAUUAGAGACAGAUAGAGAGAAGUAUGAAUUAGAACUGGUGGAAUUAAGGAACGGUUUAAAACCUCUAGAAGAAGCUGUAAAAGAAAAAGAGAAAGCUAAAACAAUCACGGUCAAUAAAAAUAGGGGAAACAUAGAACUAAAAAGGUCUGAAAUAACGGAAGUGUCUAUUGCCUUUGAAAAAGUAAAAUCUAUUGAUACGGAGAUAAGACAGUAUUUAGAAAGAAACAUCCCACUUGAAAAGAAUAAGAAAGAAGAAGCAAUCAAGAAACUUGAAGAAAAGUUAAAGCAGAUACAAAGUGACAGGCAGGCUAUCACAAAGCGAAUUGAAUGUUUAAAUGACGAAAUUACUAAAGAGACGAUAUACAAAAGAGAACUUGAUGACAAUUUGAAGUUAAGGGGAUUACAAAACAAUAUAACUGAUGGUGAAAAAGAGGAAGCGGAAAUAAAUGAGAAAUUGAGCACAAUCAACAGGGAUAUUGUAAACGAAAAGAAAACUUUAAUGAUCAGCUUUAACAAUCUUAACAAAGAGAAAUCUGAAACCGAUGGAAUGCUACGUACACUACAGUUAACACUAAAGAAGCAGAAAGCUGAUUUAAAAAUAGCUCAAGGAAAAGAUACAGAGAAGAAAUACCGAGAAAAAUUUUAUGAAUUACAAAUUACAAAGAUGUUAGACAAAGACGUGAAGGAGUAUUCAGUGGUUUUGCAGAACUGUCUCAUGGAAUACCAUAAGAAAAAAAUGGAAAGUAUCAACCUUAUCAUUAGAGAACUGUGGAGCAAAAUAUACAGUGGCAAUGACAUUGACUAUAUUGCUAUCAAAGCUGAAGGUUCUAUGAGCGCAGACUCCGAGCGCUGCAAAUAUGAGUACAGAGUAGUCCAAUGCAAAAAUGGAAUUGAGAUUGACAUGCGUGGCAGAUGCAGUGCGGGGCAAAAGGUUCUCGCAUGUCUCAUAAUAAGGCUAGCUCUCGCGGAAACAUUCAGCUCAAGGUUUGGAGUUUUGGCUUUAGACGAGCCAACCACUAAUUUGGAUGAAGAAAAUAUAAAAAGUCUAUGUUCGGCUCUAGGUGAAAUUGUGCAGGAACGAAUGAUACAAAAGAACUUCAUGUUUAUCAUUAUCACACACGACAGAGAGUUCAUAGAAUCCUUGGGACAAAUCGAUAAAGUCACUCACUAUUAUGAAGUGUCAAGAAACGAAGAUGGCAAAUCUCGAAUUAAGAAGCUUAGAUUUACGUAG